AUUACUGUAAAAAUAACGUGAAAUACUGAAAGCGGAACUGUUGUUUGUUCCUGUAUGUUCCUGUCAGUGUCAUGGCCGCGUCCAUAGCGAAAGCACUUCACAUGUGAAUGAAGGUUUAUGUCAUGCAAAAAUCUUGGAAGAAGAAUCCUGUAUUAGCCGUAUCAUAUUUGCUAAUAUAAAUAUGUAUAAAUCCAGGGUAGACAUGUUGAGAUGUGCUCUUAGGUCUGCAUCCCUAUGGAAAUGUGACUCUCUUAUACAGACAAGCACUGCUUUACAAUGUAGGAGCAGAAGUUUUGUUGCUUCCUCUCGAUGGGGAAAAAAACCCACACAAGGAUGCCCAUCACAAAGAGUGAGAUAUUAUUGUCAACCUGGUGAACGUGGAGAAUUUCUCAAUGUUGAACAAACAACUAAACUGCAACCUACAGACUCCAGUGAACCCCCAUUAGAGAAGCCAGCACCUUUCUACACACAUUUGCAAGACUGUUUAUCCCCCAUUGAUGUUCUGGACGCAUCUCAGAGGUUUCCAGAGUCCCAACGGCACGUUAGCAGCAUGUUAACACGCAUGUGGGACACCACGAAGAAGAUGACGGAGGAACAGAGACGCUAUGAGCUACAGCUGAUGUUUGAUCACCUGGGGUUUGAGGAGCUCUGCGGCCGGGCCGCAACCGAUGCCUGGCGCAUGAGGAGCGACGAUCUGGUGUACAGUCUGCUGGCGAUGAUCAAGCUGGGAGUUUCGCAAAACACUCGUGUUGUGCAGACCCUGCUGCGGGUCAUACAGGAGCGUGUGAAUCAGAUGGAUGAGAAAUGUCUCUCAGUGUUGGCUGGUUCUCUUCGGGAUAUGGAGGACAGCAAGAACGUCCAGGCCCUGAGAGAGGCUUUGAGGUUGUUGUUAAAGGAUCGAAUAUCAGGCAUCCAGAGCAUUGUGGUUCUACAGAGCAUGAUGAGAGCUGUCGGCAAAAACUCUCCUCUACAUCUGAAGAAACAGCUGGCGAUGAAGGCUUUGUCAAUGACAGAUAGGUUUAGUCCACCCAACAAUCAGUACAUGUUCUGCAGUCUGGCUGCCAUGGGUCUGAACUUUAAACCCCUGUUAGAUGUCUGCAGCAAAAAGAUAGCUGAAAAUGUGCACGAGUUUCCCUUUAAUAGACUUCUAGCCGUUCUUAUAUCCUGUCGUGACCUCCGCUACAGAAACUACAGCCUCUUCAGCUCUGUGUCUGAAUAUGUGGUCAAUACUUUUGACAUGUGGUCCAACAAACAGGUGAUUCUCUUUCUAGUAACAUUUGAGGAUCUUGGGUUCAAUCCCGCAGCUCUUUUGGAUGCAUUCGCUGAGAGAAUUUUCCAGAAAUCAGAAAUGUUGACCCUGAAAGAUCUCUUGAGUGUUUUAAAAGUCUAUUCACUGCUCAAUCACGACCUGAAAGAUGACAAACAAGAGUUUUUGAUCACUGUAACAAGGGCUUUAGAGUCCUAUCUGUCUAAGAUCUCACAUAUUGAUCUGCUGAAAGCCGUCCACUAUCUUGCAUUGCUGGAGCAUUUUCCCCAAACCCUACUGGAGAAACUGUUUCAGCCGGACACCCUGGAUCUGCUUCUGGAAAAAGGCAGACAGUCAAACAGGGUUCAGAAGGGGUUGCAAGGUUUGGAUCUUUGUUUACGGUUGGAUAAACCUCACCUGCCUCCCUCCUUAACCUCCAUCACAAACCUCCAGAUCCCAGCUCCUGCUCAGGAGCUUCCAGUCAACCAGGAAGUGCUGAAUGUUGUCAGGGAAAUUGUGGAAAACGAUGCGGUUCAAGAGAGCGUGCUGGAACAGGGGGUUUAUUUCAUUGACUGUGUGAUUACUACAUCUGGUCAAAUAGAAGAGAACUGUGGAGCCCACGACGAUGAUUCUGGGACCCUUAAAUGUCCUGAAAGGAUCGCCGUGGUCUGUCCUUCGCAUAAUUCAUUUUGCUUCGGUUCAACACAUCCUCGAGGCAACCUGGCUGUUAAACUUCGCCAUCUUAAAAAACUCGGAUAUAAACCUGUUUUGGUUCCAGUACAUGAGCUCAGUUCUCUGACUGAGGAGGAGAAGAUUAAGAUGAUACAAACACUUAUUUUACCAGCACAGGAAUCCACUGAAUCACAGACAAUACAGCAAGAGAGUCUAAAAACUUAAUCUGUAUCAUCUACACAACCAAUUACGUUGCGGUUUAUUGGCACAGAACCUUUUGAUCUAACUAAGAGACUUAUUUGGGAUGUGUAUUUAUUGAUAUGAAUGUUAAACUGUUGUAUUUAUCCUUUAUUGUGAAGUGAUGAAUAAACUUUCACUGAAACACAAGUAAAA